UUGCUUGCUUGGCGUGACUGGAAAUUAGCGGUUGGAGGCAGAGGAGAGGGCGCGUGCGUGCUCGCCUGCUUUCGGACGGUGUCCGGCGGGGCUCAUUCCGCUCUUUCCCAUAGCCUCUCUGCUUCUCUUAAAGGUGCCGAGGCCUAGAAAAAGAGAGGGGAGGGGGCUUUAAAAAAGUGGCGGCCGGCUGGCCUGCGGUGGCCAUGUCCGUGAGGAGCAGAGCGGGGCGUGCGGCAGCGGUGCUGGGGACAACGACCACACUAGUAGUAGCCGCUGCCGUCGCCUCAGGUGCGCGCGGCCUGCUUCUCCCGUCGCCCGCGGCUCUCCAGUACCGUCUCCCUCCUCACAGCUGGCCUCUGGCAGCGAGCUGGGCCCGAGACUGAGCCGCCCUGGGCUAAGCCCGGGCGGGAGCUGAUCGAGACUGAGGCCGGGAAGAGCGUGGAGCUGCCCGGAGGCAGCCUCAGCUUCCGCCGCCUGAGCAUGGGAAUCCUCUUCACCAGGAUAUGGAGGCUGUUCAACCACCAGGAGCACAAAGUGAUCAUUGUUGGCCUUGAUAAUGCAGGAAAAACAACUAUACUUUAUCAGUUUUCAAUGAAUGAAGUGGUCCAUACAUCCCCAACUAUAGGAAGCAAUGUGGAAGAGAUAGUGGUUAAUAACACGCGGUUUCUCAUGUGGGAUAUUGGAGGCCAGGAGUCUCUUCGCUCUUCAUGGAAUACAUAUUAUACAAAUACUGAAUUCGUUAUAGUUGUUGUGGAUAGCACAGACCGAGAGAGAGUUUCUGUAACUAAGGAAGAACUUUACAAAAUGUUAGCGCAUGAGGAUUUGAAGAAAGCAGGAUUACUUAUCUUUGCUAACAAGCAGGAUGUGAAAGACUGUAUGACAGUAGCUGAAAUUUCCCAGUUUCUGAAGCUAACAUCAAUUAAAGAUCACCAGUGGCAUAUCCAGGCAUGCUGUGCUCUUACUGGCGAAGGAUUGUGCCAAGGACUUGAAUGGAUGAUGUCAAGACUUAAGAUCAGAUGAUUUUUACUCCGCACUAACAUUGUACAGACAAGAAAGUGCUUCAUCUUUGGUUAUCUGGACAGCUGUGAAAUUAAUGGCUUACUUUUAUUUAUGAAUCAAAACUGAAUUCAUCUUUCAACUUCAUUUGCUACUUAACACAUUAAGGCCACCUCUGUUCAGGGAAAACCUUCUUGACGUUCAAGCAUGGCUUUCCAAAAGCUUCCUCUGGAAUGGAGACCAGAAGCUGCAGCUGAUCCUUUUUUAAAAGUGAGAUCACUUGAGACUAUUUAGUAAAUAAUGUGUGUUUGAUGAGAAUGGAAGAGAGGUAUUUUAACUUUUACAUUUUAUUAUUUCACUCUAACUCAGUUGGAAAUGUUGACUUUAUUAUUCCAGUGAUCAGUAAAGAAAAUCAGUGGCGCAGGUAUUGACUUUCCAGUAUUGAAACUUAUUCAAACGUGUUACAAAAGCAAAAAUAUUUUCCUCUAUGUGUACUGUACAUUUUGUAUUAUACCUCAUGUUAAAGUUGAUAGGAAGCUGUACAGAUAUAUGGUGAAUACCACUGACUGUCCACACUCUAGACACUACCUGCAUCCUGGUUAAACUGUGUGGAUUGGAAUAUGUGGAUGCAAACCACUCAAGUUCUGUUGAACUCAACAAAACCGUAUUAGUCUCAGUCCAAAAUGCUCUUGAGUUUUUGACCCUGGCUGUGAAGAAUGGUACCCAGAGGGAUUUUGCUAACACAUCAUUUGUGUAUUGUAGUAAUUUCCAUUCUACUCUUGUGUCAAUAGUGGUGAUGAAAUUCUUUGUCUCUAUUUUCUUUUAAUUAUAAGUAUUUUCAGCUAGGAAUGAUCAGACAAGAAACGGGACACAGUGUCAAUAACAUAAUUAAUUCUGGCAUUUUAGUAUACCAAACAAAUAAAGUUUGAAGGGCGUCUUUAAAAAAAAUCUAAAGUUGAAUUCUUGAUUGUGUUGGUUGGGAAUCUGACAUAUGUGAUACAGUUAAACAAUGUUACACUUGGGUCUGCACGGAAACAUUAAAUAUUUCUGUUUUGAAACUUUUUAUAAUGUGUAAUGCUAAUAAAGAAAAAACUGCCUUUUUUCCUUUAACCCAAAGUACUAGUCUAAUUAGAACUUUUAGAGAACUGAUUGUUACACUGUUAAGCAUCCUCUAGGGGAAAAUAAAUAUGUAGAUUUAAGAUGAUUCAAAAUUGUCGCUAUAUUACUGGUUUGUUGGAAGCAGUAGACGGAAUCCAGGGGGUUCCUUUUAUAGGAGAUUUCCAUCCUGUAGCACAAUUUUUGAAAAAUGAUUAGUUUCAAGUUUGUGCGACUUUUCACUGGCUGUUGUUAAAGGCAAAGAAGAGUAACAGUCCAGUAGCACCUUAAAAACUAGAAAAAAAAUUGGCAGUGUAUGAGCUUUCUUGAGCAUUAGCUUACUUCAGUUCUUUGUUAUUUCUUUGGGAAAGAUUGCUUUAAUCCAGAUGAACCGCAGUGAGCAAUAUAACCUGCCUUUCUGGCAAUCUCACCUCCCUCAAAUAUUUAUUAAUGUGAAUGGCUUGAUUCCCAUACCCCCCUCUUUAAAUAUUAUUCCACAGAAAGCGUCAGGAGAGGGUGUCACAAUAAAAAGAAAUAAUAGAAUAGAAAAUAUGGCUUGUGUUACAAGAUUAUGAUUUUAAUGGAAACAGAAAAGAGUAAUUUUGAAAUCAUGAUUUGUAGCUAACCACUCAUUUCCAGAUACUAAAGGACACUUCUGUUUCUGGGGAAGGGAUUGUUGGUUUUCAUCUUUUCCUCUGUCCACUACAGACCCAUCACUUUGACUUACAUGCUGUUCCUCAGUGUCUGCAACGUUCCCCGCCCUUCCGGAAUAAAUGGGGUGGGCAGGUGCAUCCAGGAUAUUAAGUGGAGGGGAAAAAGGGAAUGCCAUGCUCAGCAAGGUUUGCUUCUUGAGUAGGUCUUUGAUUCCAGCCAGUGUUUCAGAGUUCAACAUGCUGUGCCUGCAGUUCUUAUCAUGAAAAUAUAACUGUUCCAUGGUGAAUUGAAAGGCCUUUCUAAUCACUCAGUAAAGUGGCUGUCUUUAAAUAGACCAUUCAGUACAAUUUGUUUGUCGGUGGGCAGGAAAAAAACAUGAUUUAUUGGCAGACCCUAUAUAUUCUUUAAAAUAAGAAUGUAUUCUGUAUCAACAGCUGUCUUCACACUUUGCGUCUGAAGGUAAACAAAACUGGGCUUGUAUCAUUAUCAAUAUUCUGGUUUCUAUUCUGUCCCUUUAAAAUAUUUUUAAAUGUGUGCAUCAACUGCAUGCCCAUUAUCAGUGAUAACAGCACUUGAGUAUGCUUCAGUAGCAUUCGAGGAAGUGCUGUUAAGUUCAGAGGCUGAAAUCCAAAGAGUUUUUGGACUUGCAUGGGGUUGACUCUGGUAAACCUUAUAUCCCUGACUUAGGGUCAAGAUUCAAAAUCUGUGUCCAUUUUAGCUCAGAAGCCUACAUUGGAAGCCAAGGGAAGCAAAUUUAAAAGACCUUUGAGACUAGUUUUUUUAUUAUUAGUUCAGCUAGAUUCUUAGUUGAAAACAAAAAACAAGCAUUAUUGAAACAACAAAGUGCAAUGUGUACAAUGAAUAUAAGAUUUAACCAAAAAUGCAUUGCCUUUUGAAAGGUGUCCACAUUAUCUGAUUAAAUAAUUUUACACAUGCUGAAGUUCCAUAACCACUAUCUGUGCGAUAGUAAUGUCAGGUCAUGUUUUCCAUCUUAAUAAAACCUCUCGUUUUAAGAAAAUGGAUAGAUUUUCUUUAUGUUCUUUCUCAGUCGUGGGAAAACACAUUAAUUAAGACAGUAGGGAAAUAACAGUAACAUGAAUCUUUGGGUUGCUUGAUGAUCCCCAACGUAGAACUUCAGACAAGUAAAGUUAUGCGAGAGCAAGGAAUGCAAAAACAUGUCCACUCCCCGCUACACCCUGUGAAAAAAAACUAUGCAACUUUGAUUGAUUGGCUGAACUUCCACACUGGUGACAGAUGGGGAAGGAGUCUCACACUUCUUCAACUGUUCCACGGAUUGGAAGGAUACAGUAAUGAGCAGACACUCCUCCUCCCAGUCAACAAUGCUGUGGGAGGCAUUAGGGGACAACUUAACAUAGAAGCUCCAGUUAGUUGCUCUUAUUUUGGCCUAAGAUUAUCAAGUUACCAAUUGAUUCUUUGGGAUUAUAUUUGAAGCAGAUGCCCUCUUCUGGUUUGUGUGUGUUUUUGUCCAAACAGGCUUUGGGCAGAACUAUGCACAAGUGAUGAAUUGGAUGUUACAGCCACGUCUUUCUAACUAGGCUAGAGGAUUUCGGAUGUCAUUCUAGCUUUUUAUGUAUAAAUUAUCCAUAGUGUUCAGGCUGCUUUCCAGAUAAACAUUUUCUGUUUAUACGUAAGAAAAAGCAUACACCACUUGUAUAUGCGUAUGUGUAUGGUAUAUACCUGGAAGGUUACACUCAUUAUGCUUUGUAUACACACUGAAGAGAUCUGCCCACAUUUCUUGUAGGGCAUAGUACUGGGUGGUAUCCUAUAAGUGCUUAAGGGGCAGUUGCUCUUUUCUGCAGUGCCUUGAAAUAUUUCAGUCAAUCUGCAAAAUGAUAGGUCUUUAAAAUUGAUCCGCAGAGUAUCCAAGAAAGUUGAGAAAAAGCAGUUUCUAGAUUUGGUUGGUAGAGAAGUGACAUUGGGCUUGGCCAGUAAAUACUUUAAAAAAAAACUAGUCCUGUGCAUGAUCCUCUUGUGCCAGUAUAAUGCUUUGCAUUGUGUAUAUAUGUAAAUAAACAGAUUAUUCUAAAUA